AAUACUUCACUUCAAAAUAUCUCUUUUCUUGACAAUCUCGAAUGGAUUUUUUUUGUAUCCAAUUGAAUUUAAAUAUGUAAUAUCAUAAUAAUGAUAGAAAUGAAAUGCAUUUUUUUAUAUUCCUAAAAAAAAUAUUGAAAUGCCCGUAGAAAUUUCCAAUCCUUUUUUAGAUUAGAAUUUCGAUUCUAUCUAUUUGUUUUGUUGCAAAUUCCUUCGAAGUUGAGUCUAAAAUUCUAUUAUUUCUUUCUCUUUUCAUAAUAGGUAUUUCCACUAAUAAAUAUUUGAUACACGGGAUUAGGUAAGAUUUCAUGUAAUUCAGUAUAAAGAAUAGAAAUUCCAGUAUUGCUAAAUGGAUUCAUGUGAUUUGAUGAAGCAUGACAGCAAAUCGUGGAAUAUUUUUCGAUAAAAUUCACGGGGAAAUUUAAAAUGCUUGGGAGUGGAAAUGAAGAAAUGUCUACACUACCUGGAUUGAAUCAGAUACAAUUUGAAGGGUUUUGUAGGUUCAUUGAUCGGGGCUUAACAGAAGGGCUUUUUAAGUUUCCAAAAAUUGAGGAUACAGAUCAAGAAAUUGAAUUUCAAUUAUUUGCCGAAACAUAUCAAUUAUUAGAACCCUUGAUAAACGAAAAAGAUGCUGUAUAUGAAUCACUUACAUAUUCUGCUGAAUUAUAUAUAUCCGCGGGAUUAAUUUGGAAAAGUAGUAGAGAUAUACAAAAACAAACUAUUUUUGUUGGAAAUAUUCCUCUAAUGAAUUCUCUGGGAACUUCUAUAGUAAAUGGAAUAUACAGAAUAGUAAUCAAUCAAAUAUUGCAAAGUCCUGGUAUCUAUUACCGUUCAGAAUUGGACCCUAACGGAAUUUCGGUCUAUACUGGCACUAUAAUAUCAGACUGGGGGGGUAGAUUAGAAUUAGAGAUUGAUAAAAAAGCAAGGAUAUGGGCUCGUGUGAGUAGGAAACAGAAAAUAUCUAUUCUAGUUCUAUCAUCAGCUAUGGGUUCGAAUUUAAGCGAAAUUCUAGAAAAUGUUUGUUAUCCUGAAAUUUUCGUGUCUUUCCUAAAUGAUAAGGAUAAAAAAAAAAUUGGGUCAAAAGAAAAUGCCAUUUUGGAGUUUUAUCGACAAUUUGCUUGUGUUGGCGGAGAUCCAGUAUUUUCUGAAUCUUUAUGGAGAGAAUUACAAAAAAAAUUUUUUCAACAAAGAUGUGAAUUAGGAAAAAUUGGUCGACGAAAUAUCAACCAAAAGCUUAAUCUUGAUAUACCCCAGAAUAAUACAUUUUUGUUACCGCGAGAUAUAUUGACAGCUGCGGAUCAUUUGAUUGGCAUGAAAUUUGGAAUGGCUCUACUUGACGAUAUAAAUCAUUUGAAAAAUAAACGUAUUCGUUCUGUAGCAGAUCUAUUACAAGAUCAAUUUGGAUUGGCCCUGGUUCGUUUAGAAAAUAUGGUUAGAGGAACUAUAUGUGGAGCAAUUAGACAUAAAUUGAUACCGACUCCUCAGAAUUUGGUGACUUCAACUCCAUUAACAACGACUUAUGAAUCUUUUUUUGGAUUACAUCCAUUAUCUCAAGUUUUGGAUCAAACUAAUCCAUUGACCGAAAUAGUUCAUGGGAGAAAAUUGAGUUAUUUGGGCCCUGGAGGAUUGACGGGGCGAACUGCGAGUUUUCGGAUACGAGAUAUCCACCCUAGUCACUAUGGACGCAUUUGUCCAAUUGACACGUCUGAAGGAAUCAAUGUUGGACUUAUUGGAUCUCUAGCAAUUCAUGCGAGGAUUGGUAUUUGGGGGGCCAUAGAAAGUCCAUUUUUUGAAAUAUCCGAAAGAUCAAAAAGAAUACGCAUGCUUUAUUUAUCACCAAAUAUAGAUGAAUACUAUAUGGUAGCAACAGGAAAUUCUUUAGCACUUACUCGAGAUAUUCAGGAGGAACAGAUUGUUCCAGCCCGAUAUCGUCAAGAAUUUCUUACGAUUGCAUGGGAACAGGUUCAUCUUCGAAGUAUUUAUCCCUUCCAAUAUUUUUCUAUUGGAGCUUCUCUGAUUCCUUUUAUCGAACAUAAUGAUGCGAAUCGAGCUUUAAUGAGUUCUAAUAUGCAACGUCAAGCAGUUCCGCUUUCUGAGUCCGAAAAAUGCAUUGUUGGAACUGGAUUGGAAUGCCAAGUAGCUUUAGAUUCAGGGGUUUCCGCUAUAGCCGAACACGAGGGAAACAUUGUUUAUACUGAUACUGAUAGGAUCUUUUUAUUUGUUAAUGGAGAUACUCUAAGUAUUCCAUUAACAAUAUAUCAACGUUCCAACAAAAAUACUUGCAUGCAUCAAAAACCCCAGGUUCACCGAGGUAAAUGCAUCAAAAAGGGACAAAUUUUAGCGGAUGGUGCUGCUACAGUUGGCGGCGAACUCGCUUUGNCUAAUAUGGCUUUAUAUCUGGUAGAUGUAGAAUUGCUCUCUUGCUUCACCUUGAAAAUCCACUUGUUCUCUAAGGCUCUCUUACCCUUAAGCAACUUCACCAAGUCAUAA